GACAGCUUGUCGUUACCCACCCACCCACGCGUGGGGUGUUGAACCGUUCAGGAACGCACCACAGCCUGGAACGCCUGACUCUUGGUGUUCCUGUUCCACCAGUAGGGUGUGGCUUCGGAUUCAGUUCACGACUGAAGUGUGGGAUUUAAAGUGAAAGUUGGAGGACGCUGGAAUCUAUCUCAAGGUUGGAAUUCGCCCAGACAUCGAAGGAAACCCGAUGCCCCGCCCGGCUCGCCAUGGAACUCUCCGGAAUGCUGAAGACCCAGUUCCUCUGUCACCUCGUCAUCUGUUACGUGUUCCUGGUCAGCGGCCUCAUCGUCAACCUCCUGCAGUUCCUCACGCUCCCGCUGUGGUUCGUUAGCAGACAGCUGGCCCGCAGGAUCAACUGCAGACUGGCGUACUGCGUCAGCAGCCAGUUGGUGGCGCUGUUGGAAUGGUGGUCCGGGACCGAAUGCACGCUGUACACCGACCCCGAAUCCUACCGCUUCUACGGUAAAGAAAACGCCAUCGUCAUCCUCAACCACAACUACGAGAUCGAUUUCCUGUGCGGCUGGACCUUCUGUGAAAGGUUCGGUGUUUUAGGGAGCUCAAAGGUCCUGGCGAAGAAGGAGCUGGCGUACGUGCCUGUGAUCGGCUGGAUGUGGUACUUCCUGGAGAUCGUCUUCUGCAAGAGGAAAUGGGAGGAGGAUCGGACCACGGUGGCGCAGAGCCUCAAGCGGCUUCAGGAUUAUCCUGAGAACUUCUGGUUCCUCCUGUACUGCGAGGGCACUCGCUUCACCGAGAAGAAACACAAGAUCAGCAUGGAGGUGGCGGAGAAGAAAGGCCUCCCGAAACUCAAGUACCAUCUCCUGCCUCGCACCAAGGGCUUCUGCGUCACCGUCCAGAACCUCAGGGGGAAAGUCGCCGCCGUCUACGACUCCACGCUCAACUUCCGAAACAACCAGAACCCAACGUUGCUCGGAGUUCUGCACGGGAAGAAGUACCACGCAGACCUCUACGUGAGGCGGAUUCCGCUGGAGACGAUCCCGGAGGACGAGGACGAGUGUGCCGCCUGGCUCCACAGACUCUACCAGGAAAAGGACGAGUUGCAGGAACAGUACGGUCAGACCGGGCGUUUCCCCGGGCCCAUCCGGAGCCCCCCGCGCCGCCCCUGGUCCCUGCUCAACUGGCUGUUCUGGCUCUGCCUGCUCAUCUUCCCUCUCGGCCUGCUGCUGCUUCAGGUGUUGCGGUCGGGUUCGGCCUUCACGCUGGUCACUACGCUUCUUCUGUGCGUCGCAGCCUCGGUCGGGGUGCGCUGGAUGAUCGGCCAGACGGAGAUCAACAGAGGCUCCAGCUACGGCGGCCAGAACGGAACGCCCCGAAACAACGACUAAGCAGGCGGAGUCACGAAUCUCAGACGGAUGCCACCCGAGCCGGGCACCGAGAUAGUCACUCGAGUAUUUCGGGACACCAGCAGCCACUCUGAAUUCUU